AUGACUGAGGCUGAGGCAGUGAUUCGUGAUCAGUCAGGAUGGAUUGUGACCAGCGCGCAUAAGGACUUGGGUCCUUUGGAUUUCACCGGCCGUAUUGGUGGUGGCGUGUGGGCUGACUUGAAGCGCCGCGCCCCGUUUUAUGCGAGUGACUGGACAGAUGCCUUCUAUCCCGAGAACAUGCAGAAGUCUGCGUCCACCAUCCUUUAUCUCUUCAUUGCCGCCUUGGCACCUGCCAUUACGUUUGGCAGUCGUUUCUUGGAUGGCACCAAUGGCCAAUUUGGUGUGCUGGAGAUGAUCAUGUCCACCGCCAUCAGUGGAAUGCUGUUCAGCACCUUCGCCGGCCAGCCACUGUCGAUCUUGGGCGCCACCGGCCCCUUCCUCGCCUACACCUUGGUCGUCUAUGACUUGGGCAUCGCUAUGAACUUGGAGUUCAUGCCCUUGUACUUCUGGACCUGCAUGUGGUGCGCCUUUUUCACCAUCUUGGUAGCGCUCUUCGACCUGUGUGCCCUCAUGAAGCACGUGACCAUGUUCAGCGAGGACAUUUUCGCUGGCCUCAUUUCUUUGAUCUUCAUCAUCGAUGGCAUUCGGCCCAUCAUCCAGAACUUCUCGGAUGGCUGGUUUGGCGGCACCAGUUCGAUGCCCUUGGUGAACGCCAUGUUUGAGGCAUUGCUCUUCCUCUACACCUUCGGACUCGCCAGCUACCUGUCCCACUUCCGCCGCACUCCCUGGCUGCUGCGACCCUUGCGGAACUUGUUCGCCAACUUCGCGGUGACCAUUUCGCUCGUCACGGCCAGUGCGUUGGCCGCCAUCUACAAGACGGAGACCAAUCUGCGAAUGCUGAACGUGGAGGCGGAACUCGAGCCAGCACUGACCCUGAGCACUGGUGCCAAGCGCCCCUGGAUAGUGAACCCUAUGGGCAUCGAGACCGAGUUCCCUGUGUGGGGUAUCUUCUUCGCCAUCCUGCCUGCUGUUGGCUUCGCCGUGCUUGGAUACCUCGAUCAGAACUUGACCAGUGUCAUCGUGAACCGGCCCUCCAACAACCUCAAGAAGGGCCCUGGCUACCACCUGGACCUCUUUGUGCGUGGCGCCGUGACACUCCCCGCUUGCGCGAUUUUGGGUUUGCCGCUCUCGGUGGCCUCCACAGUGCCUUCUAUCACCCACGUGAUCUCCCUCACGACGUACGAGGUGCAGCAGCUGCCUCAGGGUGAGCGCAAGGUGCCCGUGAAGGUCGUGGAGCAACGAGCUACGAACUUCCUCAUCCACGUCUUGAUUGGUUGCGCACUCUUCUUGGCGCCCGUGCUGAAGUUCUUGCCGCGCUCAGUGCUUCAAGGAGUCUUCUUCUACAUGGGUAUCGCAUCUUUGACAGGCAACAACCUCUUUGAUCGAUUGUUCUUGUGGUUGGUUUGGGAACCCAAGAACUACCCAGCCUACAUCUACAUCCAAAAAUUGCCUGUCAAGCGUGUGCAUCUCUAUACCUUUGUGCAGCUCAUUUGCUUGGCAAUCCUCUAUGGUCUCAAGGAGAUCAAGGCGACCUCCGUGGUGUUCCCAUUCUUCAUGGCAUCCCUGGCCAUUAUCCGCAAGGCCUUGAGGUUCAUGUUCACUGCCGAAGAGCUCAAGUAUUUGGAUUCUUAUCCUGAUGCAGAAGAGGAAGAGGCCCUGGAGCCUCAACCGGACCUCGAGAACUUGGGCGACUUGCCAGAGGACCCGAGGGUCCUGGAACCUGAGUAUCGCUUGAAGCUCCAGCAGAUUCGUCUCGCCUAUGCCGACUUCGCGGAACGCGUGGAGCGCGGCCUGGCACGGGCCUACGUGCAACUGCGACCACCGGAGGCCGAGGCCUUGGCACCAGAGCCGCGCGCGCCCGAGCCGAACGAUGCGGAAGCUCGAUGCCACAUGGCCCGCGCCCGGGAAUCGGCGGCCAACAGGCGCUGCGUGGUGCUGGAACAAGAGGUCCGGACCAAGGAUCGCAUAGUCCGCGAGCUACAGCGACAGGUCGGAGAGCUGGAAGGCGUCUUGGAGCGUUUGGAAGCGGAACUCUACGACGAGCGAGGCAGCAAGGUACGACUCAUGGCUGAGCUGGAUGAAGCUUUGCCGAAGGCCGAAGUGGAGCCAAAGCUUCGGCAGAUUGAGGAGCUGCGCUUCCAAGUGGACCAGUCAAGCAUCGCUUUGAAGCAAGCCAAGGACCUCGCUCGGACCUGCGCCAGCCAGUCCGAGAGCUACGAGAAGCUGCUGAAGCGGCGGCAACAGGAGGUGCGGCACCUCCAGGAAUCGGUCAAGUUCCUGCAAGCCACCGACGAGAUGAGCAACACCGUGGGCAAGCUCCAGUACCGCUUGUUGCUGAGCCAAUGGGAAAAGGGCAACCUCCAACGGCAGCUUCAAGCUG